AUGUGGGCUCUUCUACAAAAAUAUCGAGAAUUGAUUGCAGUCGUGGUGUUGACGAUUUUCUUCUAUGCAAUUAAUACGCUCUCCGGCCAUGUUUUCCUGCUGUUGCGUAAAGUUGAAGUCAGCAGUGUCCCGAUGGACAUUGGCGAAUACUUGGACAUAUAUGGCAAAAUCUACACCUAUACUACAGAUUUUAUCUACAUAAUCUCAGUCAUCGUCAACCCAAUUGCCAUCUAUAUCACGAUUUCGAACAAGAAAAUUGCCUGGCCGAUACGCAUAUCGGUAGCGAUCUAUACUUAUACCAUUACGUUGCCUACCGGGAUUCGGAUUGCACACUAUUUUAUUUCGCUCGGACGCUUCAUCGCCCUGGCCUUCAACGGUCGCUAUUUCGAGCUGGCCCUCCGUCUUCCCUAUCUACAACUCUUCAUACCGUACUUUAUCGCCGUGAUUCUGCGGGUCAACCUCGAGUUCGAAACGAUCCCCGUCGAUUGGCUCGACUAUGUUGACCCCUUUUUGAUAGCCCAUAUCGCGGCCUUAGACUGUUUUGCAUACGAAAAGUUGAGAGCUCACACUGCGAAGUCGCAAAAGUCCAAGAGCUCACAGAAACCACUGGGAUUAAUGCUCGUUUUUUCGUCAGUAAUCUAUAUUUUCCUGAUCAUUGCUGCUCGAUUAGUUCAAACUAUUGUCCAAAUAUUCCUCGGCAAUUUAAUCGCCAGCCUGGCAAACCUGGGCGUCACCCAACUGGCGCUGUUCCUAUUCCUGGCGUACGAUGGG